GCCACUCUACCUCUCUACCUCUCUCUCAAUCACUCGCGUCCUAGAUUAUACAGCUGUACGGACGAAAAGCUAGGAGACGGUCCAGGAGAGGAGGAUUUCCAUCAGAUUGUUGGACGCGAGCUGCUGCGGAGGACGGAGGCCAAGCGACACGACAGGGAUCGCAGAAAAGGGGCACUGCAGAGUCAUGGACAAUGUACAAAUGAUCGGCACUAAAAUCACAGCGAUCAAGGAAUAUUUAUAUAACUUUGCCAGGACACAUUCGCCCACUAGACUCAUGAGUUCCGAAAAUACGUACUCGCUCUCAAAGGAGCACAGUAACCUCAAAUAUUCUGAUAUAUUGCCACAAAAUGUCGAGGGAUAUCCAGCCACUAAGGAGUUCCUCAUGAAAGUCGUCGACAUACUACUCGAUUAUAUUAAAACGCAGAGUGAUCGAAAUUCGAAGGUACUCGAGUUUCAUCAUCCUAGCGAAAUGAUGCGUUUACUGGAUCUCGAAAUUCCUGACACUGGCGUAACGCUCCAGCAGUUAUUGAUCGAUUGCUCGACAACGUUGAAAUAUCAAGUAAAAACUGCAUACGGCAGGAGCAAUAGGGAAGAGAUAAGGCGGUUAAAGAUACUUUCAUUCCCGUUCUCUAUACCCAUCGGACCAGCCCCAAAGAUAUACAGAGAUCGUGAUAAAUAG